AUGAUGGUGGUGUUGAUGCUAUUAAUAGCUUUACUAGCAACAACUGUAACAACAACAGUACAAGCCCAGCAGCAGCAACAACAACAGCCCCAAUUAUCCAAAAUUCCAAUCAAAACACACAAAUACGAAUACGAUGGCAGUGGCAACAAUGAGCAAAAUCCAACGUGGGGCACCGCUGGAAGUCCUCGUGUGCGCAUAGUACCAUCCAUGGAUGGCUUCAAAGAGCUGCCUGGUGUUCCUCGCGAUGAAUUCAACGACGAUCUUCCCAGCGCUCGUCGCGUCAUGGAAGAACUCUUUCGGUUUCCCGCAAUGAAACAAAAGAAGGCUAGCACUUCCACCAACGAUUUAAAGCUAUUGUUUGGCAUGAUUAUUAGCAGCGACAUUCUCGGAGCCACGGGCAGCAACGCCAGCGAACCCUUUGACAUGACCGGCGAUGGAAACUUUACCGAUGGAGUCUUUUGUCCCGUCACGGGUAAGUUUGAUGCUACGGAAGGAUAUGCCAAGUCUUUUCCUAGAUACAAUCAUCAAUUGCUGCAAACGCCACAAGGCGAACCAGUCCGUGCCACGAGCAACAAGGGAACUGCCUGGAUGGAUUUGGGAUGCAUCUAUGGGACUACCGAACAACAAAAUAUUGACAUUCGGACUAUGCAAGGUGGCUUCUUUGAUUUGGUGGACAAUGGCAAUGGAUUGUUGCCUAGAGAACCAUAUCUUCGUUCCUGUUUUAGCAUUGUUCCAGGAGCUUAUGCAUUGCAUGUAUUGUGGAUGCGAUUGCACAAUUACGUGGCCAAGAUUAUUAGUGAAGAACAUGACGACAUGAAUGACGAAGAAAUCUUUCAAGCGGCAAGGAACUAUGUCAUUGCCACCUAUCAAAAAAAUGCCGUGACCAAAUACAUUCCUGCUCUACUCGGAGAUUCCAUGGGCCCCUAUCAAGGAUACGAUCCAAGUUUGGAUCCAUCCAUUGAUGAGUACUUUGGUGCCGUCACCUAUCGCUAUGGACAUUCCGAACAACCCGACAUUGUCCGAUUGGUCGAUCCAGACUUUUUGCCCACUUCCCAAGACCCCAUCUUUAUGCGGUCGGCCUAUCAUGGGAAUCCACAAAAGAUCAUUGAACGCGCGGGUGGCAUUGAAGACGUUUUGCGCGGGGCAACGACGGUACCGACCAAGCCAUUUGAUUAUUACUUUGAAGACGACUUGAACUUUUACAGCAAGGCUACUAGUAUGGUCGAUGUCCAACGUGCCAGAGAUGUUGGUAUUCCGCCCUACAAUCAAGCUCGCCGCAACACUGGUUUAGCACCUAUAGGGUCAAUUCGCGAAUUGGUGGUGGACGAAGGGGGGUACGACAAUGACGAAUUGGUACGUGUCAUGGAAAAUCUGUAUCAAGGAGAUGUUGAAAAGGUGGAUUCCUACGUCGCCACGCUCUUUGAAAAACCAAUCAUUUCCGAUGGGCUCUUUGGACCAUCUCUGACGGAUUCGACGCGAGACCAGAUUCAUCGGAUUCGUUCCGGAGAUCGAUUCUGGUAUGAGAAUACUUUUACCGAACAAGAAAUCAUGGACCUUCCCUCCUUGACAGAUGUCAUCAAGUUGGUCUGUACCGGCAUGGACAAGUUUCCAGAAACAUUCUUUCGUGUCUAUGGUUAUGAAGAUAAUGGAAGCAAUGGAAGUGGUGCUGGACAAGGCAAUUGUAAAGGAGAAUCCAGGAAUCAAGUGGGAUUGUUGGGUGGAGACAUGUCCAUGAAAUGGGUCAUCGAUCGACCGCUGAUGGACCCAAAGAAUGCCAACAAGAAGAUUACCGACGAGGCAAUGGAGAGUAUCAUUGAAUUGACACUCACAGCCAAUACACCAAUGGAAGGAGCGGGGUACUUGGGCAUUGGAUGGAGGUCGCGAAAAAUGGCAGGAGCCGAAAUUUGGUUCUGUACUGUUAAUCCAAGUCUCUUUGGACAAGGAUUUACACCCAAUUGUGACGACCGACAAACAACACCCGAUAUGUUCCAAUGUUGCGUGGCCAGUGGGGCCAAUGUCAAGCCUUCUUGUUUGAGUCCCGAGGAUUCGCGUCACUAUGACUUGGAUGUGGUUAAUUGGUGCUUGUCACCUGCAGAAUCCUCCGUUACCAUUAAAGCAUUGGUCUGUGAUGGCAAUGACAAUGACAAUAUUGAUGGUGGUAUCAAGACGGGUUGCUUUGACAUUGCAUCCAAUCCAGAUGGGUCCAUUGACAUGAUUGUUUCCUUCAAUCCAAACGACCAGAACCGUCCUCAUGGAUUCCAACGAAGAACAUCGACAGUGGUCGACCUCAAGGCUGGAAUCAUGACGGCGGCCGAAGAUGGAGUGGCCGACACUGGAAUGAUUGCCUAUCAUGGAAUCACAAUGUUGGUCUUUUGGAUGAUCAUGGCGCCCAUUGGAAUUUACAUAGUUCGAUACAUGAAAACUAAGUCCUGGCGUUUGGCGGCUCAUAUCUCCAUCAUGGGAGCCGUGGGUGGUUUGACGAUUCCCAUUAUUGUCGGUGUGGAGAGUGCGGUUGGAGCGUCUUCGGAUAAGACAGCAGAGCACUCAACGAUUGGCCUUAUCUUGACACUGCUCAUCCUUCCCAUGUUCGUGGCAGGAAAGAUUCGGUAUUCCAAACUGCAAGGACAACAAGUGGGACGCAAGACGGCUCAUUAUGCUUUGAUCUUUCACAAGUUUUUUGGGUACGGAAUCUUGAUCUUUAGUUGGUGGAAUUGUUAUACAGGUCUGGUUCGUAUCUCUCCUGCCGAUUCAUUCUUCCAAUUGAUCGUGCUAUCCUCCUACAGUAUCGGAUACAACGUCCCCAUCUUUGGUUACAUCAAGAAUUCCUUGUACUGGCCAUACUUGUCAUGUGUUUGUAUCAUUUAUGUUUUGGCCGAGAUUCGCAAGCGGAUCCUCAAUCACAAGAUGCGGAAUCAAACUGCCAAAACCAUCUGGGACAGUGAAACGGAUGAUCCAAAGGAGUACGAUGAGAUGGGAAUGGACAAGUUCUUAGAGCUAGUCAAACUCGGAAGUCCUCUCUGUAUCGUCGAUGGUCGAGUAUUGGAUCUUACUGGAUUCCUGGAACAUCACCCCGGGGGCAGUGACAUGCUGGAGAACGUUGGCGGUACUGAGAUCACAGAUGAAGUCAAGGGAUUGCGAGCCAUUGAAGGAUUUAGACACACACAUUCGUAUACUGCAGUGCAGAAAAUGAGAUCUUUGAUCGUUGGUAUCUUGGUCGAUGAAGAAGAUGACAAGGUUCCUCCAUUGCCCAAGUUUCUUCAGGCGUCCAAAAACAUGAAGCGAACUGGUGCUCUUCGGAAGAUAACAUCGUCGGACGUUGAGAGUAGUUCAGAUGGUGGAUCUUCGUCGUUUCAUUUCGACAGAUCGAAGACUCUGUCCCAAGUGUUUCGCCGAGCACGAAUUGUCAAAACAACCUUUGUCACGCCAAGCAAUGAGAUCACCCAAGAAAAUAAGCCUGUGGUUUUGCUUUACCUCGCCGCACCAAAGCGUCGUGACCUCGAAUCAAGAGAUCUCAUUGUUCCAACCUCUGCCUACAGAUUCCGAGUCAUGAAUCCUUGGGGAACAAGCUUUGAAGCUUAUUAUACCCCGGUCAAUCUGAACGAUGGUCCGGUGAUGGAAAGCAACAACUUUAACUUGACUGAAGAUGAGGAGCUUCUAAAGUUCUUUAUCAGUCUUCGUCCUGGUGGUCAGAUUACUAGAGCUUGCAUGGCUUGGAAAGUCGGAAAGACCAUUCCAAUCCUUGGUCCCAGUAUCAACCCUGUGGCAUUGCAUUCGAUUGACUCCAAUGCGAGUUCCCAACCUGUUGUCAUGUUUGCUGCUGGAACUGGAAUUGCUCCCAUGAUUCAGAUGAUUGACUUUUACACAGCACCCAAGAAACUUCGUCACUCCCCUUACCUUUUCUUGGUAUGGAUAUUGAAGAACCCAAUUCAAAACUAUAAUGAAUGGAUUGGUUUGGAAAAACGAGUCAAGGCUGCCACGAAGCACAACAAGUCCAAGUUCAAGUGGGUUGUCCUGUACUCGUCGACCACUAACGUAAAAACGGACAAGAAGACCAAGAAGGAAGUUCGAAAGGGGAAGUCAAAGGAAAAGCAGGAAGGUGCCUUGGAAGUAACUGAGAAAACUGAGAAAGAGGACAUUCCCACGACCCCCAGUAAAUCUCCCCGCACAAGUCGCAAGUUGUUGCAACGAAAGAGUUUUGACGACAAACGGCAACUUCGCAUGUUCCGUGCGGGUCAAGGCAACAGCGGAGGAAGGCUUUCGGAAAUGCAGGGCGACGCGAUUGGCUUUAUGCACCGACUGGAGGAUGAAAGCACGCUUGAUGACUCUAGCAGACGGGAAGAUGACUCCACCAGCGCAGCGGAUUAUAAUGAGGCGGAGGAUGUCGGCUUUGAUGCGGACAUUGUGAAUGACGUCUUUUGGCGUGUCCACGGAAACAAAUGCAUGACAUUGAAAUUUAAUCAAGAUGUAGUUUCCAGGAUCACAAAAGCAGCUCAAGCCGAAGUAGACCGUGAGGCCAAACAAGAGAACAACAAGAGCAGCAGAAUGUUGUUCCAUCACAACCCGGUCGCCGAUGAGGAUCCAGACAAUAACAACAGCAAGGCGAUGAAGGCUUAUCUCUGUGGCAGCCCUGGAUUUGACGACAGCGUCCGAGAGAUGCUCAUCGAAAGUGGGUUUUCGAAGGAGAACAUCACAAACUUUUAUGCGUCUCCAUCUGUCCACCUUUGA